AGUUUAUUUAUCUCAGAGCUGUCAGUCACACAGCAGUGAGCGAAAUUUCCUUGGAUUAGGCGGUCAAGUUUAGUAAUUAUUUCGUGCUAGAAGCUUAUUAUUAUUUAGUCUCUAAAAUGGUAAUUUGCACCUAUUUCCUUAACAACAAUUGCCGGUUCGGAUCGAAAUGCAACAACGAUCAUAUCGAUCUAUCAUCCGUCAUCAAAUCGGAGAUCGAUGUCACCCUCAAGGGAAACCAGUGGCCGCUCUCCUGUUUCGGUCCGUUUAAGGAACGGAACUGUGUGCCGAAUUUCAUCGAGGACGUCAGCUUUGAGGAGAUCCGGAUGAUGUACCUGGAGGCGAAGAUGCAGAACAACAUUGCCGGCCACCAGAUGCAACUGAUGCAGAUGAUAAACGAGGCCAAGCAGAAGAUGCAAUGGCUCGGGACCACCAACAGAGACAUCAUGAACACGUUGAUUGAGAUUUACAACCAGCAGGACGAUUCAGCCAAGCCUACGACGGUUGUUCAACCGCAGACUGCGAAUCCUUUUGGCGCGGCGCCUUUGGGAGGGGGGAAUGUUGCGGCGACGGCUAGCAUUUUCGGGGGCGGGACGACCGGUGGGGGUUUUGGAACAGCUGGAGGAGGAUUCGGCGCAUCCGCUGUGGCUGCUGGUGGUGGUGGUAACAUUUUCGGAGCAGCUCCCAAUCAAUCGGCUGCGAAUAUAUUUGGAUCGGGGGGAGCUGUAAGCACAAUGGGCGGGAAUAUUUUUGCCAAGCCAGCUCAAGCACCAACGGGGGGGUCUUCCAAUAUAUUUGGAGCUCCUGCAGCACUCGGCCAACAGCAGCCGGCUAGCAGCGUGUUCGGAGGGCCUGCAGUAUUUGGAGGAAGUGGUCCGUCCCUGUUCUCGUCGGUAGGCCAAUCACAACCUGCAACUGGUGGCUCCAUUUUCGGGAGCACCACAGGAACAACUGCCGCUGCUUCAGGGAACUUAUUCGCCCAGCCCUUCGGACAACAGACUCAGGGCCAGAAUUUGUUCGCAUCUGCCCCAACACAAGCCCAGCCAACAGCAUCUCCUUUUGUGGCUGCUCCAGCUCCUCCAACUAAUAAUCCUUUCGCUUCGCCAUUCGCUGCAGCUCAACCGCAGCAAAAUCUCUUCGGAACGGCUCUCACAGCUUCCCAGCAAGCUCAGACAGCACCACCACCGCCAUUUGGACAAUCAGUUCAACAGCAGCCAGCAACGCAAAGUUUGUUCAUCCCAGCACCCCAGGCGGUGCAACCUCAAUCUGCCUCAACAAUGGUCGGUACUCAACAGCAGCCUAUGUUCGGAAGUGCAACAGUGCCCGGCGUUUUCGGGGGAAUUCCGCAGCAGCAGACGAUGACAAUGGUCAGCCAAUCGGCCACCAUUUACAGCCGAAUGGAAGAUCUCAGCAAGGACCAGCUGGCGGCGUUCAGUGCGGAGCGAUUUGAGCUGGGGAAGAUCCCGACGGUUCCGCCCCCAAGAGAGUUGUGUAAUUGAGUCUUUUGAAAGUGGAAAUGUUAGAAUAAGCCACUUUUAGUGCACAGAUGUAAAUGAAGUUUCAAUAUAAUUUAUGUUUAAUGACUAAA